AUGUCCCUGGUCCCGCCAGGGGGAGCGGACUCGCCGAGUCCUCGGCGGGCCGUCAGCCCUCUGUUGGAGAUGCGACGGCCACAUUGCACCCUGGCCUGCGACUACUGUGCUGCUAUACUAGAGGACAAGUUUAAACGCAGUGCAGAGAUGCGCAACCGCGGCACGUCCCCGCUCUCGGCGUCGCCACGACAGUCCCUCACGGGGGAACCUCCCUGGACCCUCCCAGAUGACGACCGGCCUGACUUCUCCGCACUCAAGGAAAACAUACACAAGAUCAACAAGGACUGCGAGACAUCAACCCGUCUGGACAUGUUGCUGACCCAGGUAGAGCAGUACGCGAACAAUCUAGAGGCUUUGGUUGAGGAGCGCACCUCCGACUACCUCGAGGAGAAGAGGAAAUGUGAGGAGUUACUGUACCAGUUGUUGCCCAAGUCAGUGGCCUCCCAGCUCAUCAUGGGCCAGCCAGUCAUGGCGGAGACGUAUGACCAGGUCACCAUCUACUUCAGCGACAUCAUCGGCUUCACACAGCUGUCAGCUGAGUCCACGCCAUUGGAGGUCGUCGACCUGUUGAAUGACCUCUACACCAGCUUCGACUCGAUCAUUGAGAACUUUGACGUUUAUAAGGUGGAGACAAUUGGCGACGCGUACAUGGUGGUGUCAGGGCUCCCGAUGCGCAAUGGUAACCGCCACGCGGCGGAGAUCGCGCGCAUGUCACUUGCUCUGCUGAAUGCUGUAAGGGUGAAGACAGUGCCACACCGGCCUGGCGAGCGGCUGCUGCUUAGGAUUGGGAUGCACACGGGUCCGUGUGUAGCUGGUGUAGUUGGUCUGAAGAUGCCACGCUACUGCCUGUUCGGGGACACGGUGAACACAGCCUCCAGGAUGGAGUCCCAUGGAGAGGCGCUGAAGAUUCACGUCAGCCCGAAGACCAAGGAGGUUCUGGACCUAUACGACUGCUUUGAGUUGGAGUGCCGUGGAGAGAUCACCAUGAAGGGAAAAGGAAAAAUGACAACAUACUGGCUCAUCGGAGAGAAACCAAUCAACUCCGAAUACACAUAUGAAAAGACCAACCACGUUCAAAACGUGGUCGUCAGCAACCCCAGCAUCACAUUCCAAGGUCCUGACAGCCCUGCCUCUCACUCCCUCACCCAAAGCCACAGCCCUGAACGGACCAACGACAAAGAAACCAGCAACCACAGGCCUCUCGAAAUACAAAGCGAGAGAGAUCGCAUCAAACAUGAAAUAGCUACUUUCGUCGCUAAGGACCUCAUCAACAACAUUGAUAAUGCUGUCAGGGAAUUCAGGAAGUCACAAAGUGCAAAUUUCCCUGUCAAACCACUCUGCAAUGGUAAUGACAAAGGCCUAAUUACACCGACUUACGACAAGGAAUUAGUCAUAAGCAAAGGAAAAGUGCGAGACGUCGUGAACAGAUUCAACAGUUGCGUCAUUAAUGACAGCCCCAACAAAAGCAAGAAAGUCAUGAAGGUUGAAGACUGAAGGAUUUAUAUCGGUCUAAUGUUUGACGCCAGGUUAAGGUGUAUUCACAUUGCUACGGGGCGUACGCGGGGCGUCCACGCUCAAACAUUUUUUUUUUACAAACAGAGCGUCCUCGGGUUUGAACAACAAGAAUAAAAUAAGAAUAAAACACGUACAUUUAUUAGGAACAGGCGCACGCCCCGUACCAUCGGAAUAUAACUUUUGUCGUGAAAGUUUUAUUGAUGUUACUGGUUUUGUGCCAAGCACAAGGAUUUUAUUUCUUAAUCUAGUCACUACUUUUAAGAUUUAUUUAUUUUUAAUAUAGUUUAUAGUGGGUGACCAAGUACCCUCCGAAUUUUAUAGGUAAGACUCCAUGUUUAAAUACUCGUAGAUAUAGAAAACGUGAUCGCAGAAGCGAUUUAUUUGAAAGAUGUAGUGAGAUGUGUGUAUAUAAGAACAAUAUAGGGAGAAUUAUUGUAUUAUACACUUAGUCCCUGUAGUAUUUUUACUGACCUUUUAUACUUCGGUACCUUUCUAACCUGUCUAUACGUAGUUAGAGUACAUAGUGAUAUACCUUAAAAUACUCAUGUUUUAUAAAAUAAAACUGUUUUUAACAAUCGAGUUUAAAACGUAGCUGUUUUAAAUUAUUUUAUAAAACGUUAUUAUAUCUUUGGCAUGAGAAUUUUAAUGAUUUCAAUGUUUCAUGUUUAUAACACUUAUGCUAUUAAGUAUAAUUGAGCAAAUUAUAGGAAAACAGAAUCUAAUAGUGAUAAUCUUUGUAUACUUUGGAAUUAUACGGGUAUUUUGAUGUGCGGUGUUGCAUUUCUUUCUAAAGUUUUAAACAUUAAGCUAUUAUUCACUAAACUAAUAAUAGUCGAAUGGAAAUUGCAUGUGAUAAAAGUCCUAAGAAUGUCAGUAUUUAUGAUCGGUUAAAGGUCCACUGUUUUGUCUAGUGGGAAUGCACCUUUAUCGUGAACAGUGUGGAUCUCUUCUUUUAUUGUUAUAGUUAUGAAUUAUUAAUAUUUUAUGGAUGCUUUGCAUCCACUGAAGUGAAUUAGUUAUGUCGGAGUAUGACGAAUACUAAAUACUGAAAAACAAAGUUGCAAAUCUUUUUAUGAGAGUCCCUCCACUGCAAAACUUAUGUUUCAACGAACCUAUUUUAUUGUU